CAGGGUGCAGCCAGACAUGGUUGUUGUCACGAUAGACACCUUGGGUUGGAGUUUGCACAACCUGGAGCUUACUGCCAAAAAGGGAGCUAAGGCUGCAAGGAUGGCAGGAGGAGCAAUCAGUUCAUUUCUACUGCUGGCUUCUGUGACUAUCAUCUCAGGAACAAAUUAUUGUGGAGUCAGAGGCCCUCCAGGAUUACCUGGACCAAGAGGCCCACCAGGAGAAAAUGGCAUGAUGAAUAAAGGGCCACCAGGUAUGCCUGGAUUAGAUGGACAACAAGGAAUACAAGGAGCAUCCUUUGUGGGAAAAGCAGGAAAUCCGGGAUUACCAGGAGUAAAGGGUAAACAAGGACCUUAUGGAGAAAUUGGUGACAUAGGCCCUCAAGGAUUACAAGGACUGGAUGGUCUGCAAGGACUAUAUGGUGCUCCGGGUACAAGUGCAAUACCACAAAAUGGUGAGCCAGGUUCCCAAGGACCGCCAGGUUCUCCAGGACCAGAAGGCAAAAAUGGAACAUAUGGAGAACCAGGGUUUUCAGGUUUGCGUGGAGAAGAAGGCAAUAUUGGGGUUGGUCUGCCUGGUAUCACAGGAAAAAAUGGUUAUCCAGGGCCACAAGGUAAUUCAGGAUCUCCUGGAGAAGGAAUUGCAGGAACACCAGGAAUGCCUGGUACUCUUGGCAGUGUGGGAGAGAAAGGUGAUAUAGGGAACUCUGGUGAUCCUGGAAGUCCUGGACUUCCAGGCGAAAGAGGAAUACAAGGUCCUUCUGGUAUAGUGAUCACAAUAGCAGGAGCAGAUGGUAAACAAGGCGUGGAAGGGCUUCCUGGGAUAAGGGGCCAACCAGGCCCAAAGGGUGUAAACGGUAAACCUGGCUCACCAGCUAUUGGGGGACCAGGUUUGCCAGGUGUUAAGGGUGAUCCUGGCCCAAGGGUGUUUGGUAAUACUGGUGAGAAAGGAGAUCCAGGAGUAAAUGGAGAACUUGGUGUUUCAGGGCUCAAAGGAGCACUGGGGCCUAUAGGUCCAGUGGGAGAGCAUGGUGUUUCAGGCUCAAACGGCAAUCCAGGGCUUUCAGGAGAUCCUGGGGAAAUAGGGCUGCAAGGAAUUCCUGGAAUGCAAGGUGAGGAAGGACCAUCAGGUUCUCCCGGAGUAGCAGGAAUUCCAGGAGAAGAAGGUAUCCGAGGGCCACAAGGACCACAAGGAUCACCUGGUCCACAAGGUGAUGAAGGAUCCAGGGGUAGAGAUGGCCAGUUGGGAAUAAGAGGCCUUCCUGGUUUUCAAGGGCCUUUGGGUUUGUUUGGCUUUAAUGGAUUGGAGGGACUUUCUGGAAUUAUUGGUGAUCGAGGUUUAACUGGGCCUCGAGGUCCUCUGGGGCACAAAGGAAACCAAGGAGAUCCAGGUCCACCUGGUCCAUCAGGACGAUUCAACGCUUUCAUGUUCAAUGAAGCAGCUGAUGAUAUGGAAAUACAAGGAUCACCAGGGCUUCAAGGCCCCCCUGGCCCCCCUGGCCGCCCAGGGCCACCAGGUCCAGCUGGAGAAAUAAAUGUACCAUCCAGUAGAUACGGUACCUAUGCUACAUCGGGAAUGUUAAAUAUUGGUCAGGGCUUUAAAGCUAUUCUCUCCGCACCAUACUCUACACCAGGAUUGCCAAUUGUUUUUGACAGAAUACAAUUCAAUCAAGGCAACAUCUAUGAUCCAGAAACUGGAAUUUUUACAUGUCAGGUACCUGGCAUCUACUAUUUCUCAUAUCACGUCCAUGUCAAAGGCAAAAGUGUUCAAGUUGCAUUAUAUAAAAAUGGCAAACCAAUUCUAUACACAUAUGAUGAUUACAAAGAACGAAAGAUCGAUCAUGCCUCAGGGAGUGUUGUACUACAGCUUCAAGAAGUAGAUCAAAUAUAUUUGCAGUUGCCUUUAGAAAUGUUUAAUGGUUUAUAUUCCUCCAAUAUAAUGCCGUCAUCCUUCUCAGCAUUUCUGAUCCACCAAACCAAUCCAAUGCAAUAGGUACAGUUGUGAGUUGAUAAUCUCAAUGACUGUAUUUUGAAUGAUAAUAAAGAAUUCUGUGAUCAUUUAUUAAAAAAAUAAAAGAUACACAAGCCUGCACAAAAGGACAGAUUAAUAAAUCAUUAAGGAAUCCCUUAAAGACCAGUGUCUAUAUUUGAUAACCUAUAACCUUUUUACUGGAAUUACCUGGUAGAUAAAUUUAUUUUGAAGACAAUAUUGUUGUUUUGCACCAUGAAAAAUUGUUGUUUUGCAUAUGCAUGCUACUGAAUACUUUAAGGAAAGGUAUUGAAUGUUAAAAAUUCUCUGUCAUGUGUGCAGAGAAAUAAAAAUGAAAUUGCACGUAAUUUAAAUUCCAUGUUCAAAAGUAUGAUGCCAACUACACAAUACAUCUUACAAAAGAUAGCAUUCAACAAAAUUACAUUAUCUUUCAUUAUAAAUACAGAAAAGGCUUAUAAUAUCUUUAACACCAUUAUGUGAUGCUGCUUUUGUUAUGAAUUGUAUCCACCAUUUAAACAGUGUUAAGGGCCUGUCCCACUUAGGCGAUUUUUUAGGCGACUGUCAUAGUCGUUGCAGGUCGCCGAAAAACCGGCGACUGUACGCCCCUACGACUUACAACAGUACAUACAAAAAUAUUAUAAUAACAUUAAAAUUUAAAUUAUCUAUAAUGUAACUUUAAUGGAAUUCACCGGUCAUCACCGGAAACUACCUAUGUCAUCCUGGCGACACCCUACAUCAUCCUGGCGACAGCACCUACAUCAUGGUACAUCAGGCUACAUCAGGCUACCCCCAUUGGCAUCAAGACCACAGUCGCCAAAAAGUUUUGAACAUUUCAAAAUUCUGCGGCAACCAGAAAGACUCUACGACUCUUUGGGCGACUGAGGAGCUCAUACAGGCGACACCCCGGCAACCAUGUGACAAUAGCCUAGUCGCCUGUAGUCUCCUACAAAAACGCCUAAGUGAGACAGGCCCUUUACAUUUUAGCAACAAACCUGAAACAAAUUUGUAGCUGUCUUUGAAUGCUUAACAUUUCAACAAUGAAAAUAUAUUUUCUAACAGCUUGACCUCAGCCACAUUAUUUAAUUUCAGACAAUAGUAUUUAAAUUCUUUCAGUUCCUUUCUAAUUUGAGUUUUUAAAUAUUUGAAAUAUAAUUUAACAAUCACAUUAAUAGAUUUUAGUUUAGUUUAUUGUCGUGUGCAGAGAAAAGCUUUUUUGUUGCGUGCUAUCCAGACAGCGGAAAGACUAUACGUGAUUACAAUGAAGCCACCCACAGUGUACAGAUACAGGAUAAAGGGAAUAACUUUUAGUGCGAGAUAAUGUCCAGAAACGUCUUUUGGAGUAGAGGUUUAAAAGAGUGGAGCGAUUGUAAUGAAUGUUCACAGAUCCGCUUCUGGGAUCAUCAUGCAGAGAGUCACCUGACUUGGGCGCCAUUGAAGAGACAAAUUAUAAUUUUGCACCCUUAAUUGAAUCAGAUUAGAAAAGUUGGUUCCAGAUAUUAGUUCAUUAACACACUUGCAUGCUAAUUGCCUUUGUAAGUUAAAUAUAAAUAUAUAACAAUAUAGAUGUAAUGAACCAUAUCUGUACAGCAAGAACACAUAAUAAUCAAUACAGACACUUUGAAUUUCUAAAUAUGCAUGAAAAUUUUGAUAAUGUUCAUCUGACUGGAAUGAUUUAUGUUGCAUAAUCUAAAACUGUCAUCAUGAAAAUGACUGUUUUAAGUUUUUUAUUCAUUUUGAAGAUCCGUUUGUCACGUUAAUAAAU